AUGACAUUGUUAGCACCAGGAUGUACUGUAGCGGGCGUUCCGUCGGAAGAGCUCGAAGAAAAGUGGUCUAAAUUUACGUCUGAAGGUUUGCAAGUAGAUGAGAGUUCAUUGGGGGGAAUUGGGCUCUUUUAUAAUUGUGCGGGACAGCAGCAAUGUGAACAAGAUCCAAUUGUAUUGAGGGUCCCUGUUGAGCAGACUUAUAAUUUGGCAACAUGUAUGGAGAUUCUCGAUGAAUUAAAGGCAACUGGUGAAAAGGAUUAUAAAAUAAUUCUGAGUCUAUUGAGUACCCUUGAACCGGAGACGGAGACUGUUAUAUUGAUUUGUUAUGUUGUUGGGUUGGUAUACAUUAGCAAUCGUGGAGAUCAAGUUUCUGAAAGUGUUAGACAGAUUGUUAGCAAACACGGUACCUAUUUGAAGGUUUUAAGUAAUACGUUCACCAUUGACUAUCCUAAAGCAAUGAAGGAAAGUGAUGAUCUGCCAGAUCCUGUUAUUGAUUGUUUGUUCAAAAAUGCUCAAAAGGUGAAACUGUUGUAUGAUUUAAUUGAAAAGGAUGCUGUUUUGGACACUGAGUAUAUGACCUUUGAACAGUUUUAUCAACUUGUUCAAGCAGUUUCGUCAAGAGUAUUGGAGGUUCCUGAAGAAGUUGAGAAAAAUGGUGAUGAUUUUUAUGUUUCUCCCACUUUGGUUCCGUUGUUAGAUUUUGCCAAUCAUUCUUUUGCACCCAAUGCUUAUUUUGAUCUCGAUAGACAAGCCAAUUGUGUUGUAUUGAAGUUGGAUAAAGAUAAAAUCCCUUCAACUGCUACUCGCUUUGAAGUGACUAUCAGUUACAGUUCUGAACGUCAACUUGGUCCUUUCCUUUCGACGUAUGGCUUUGUACCUACCAUUGAUCUUGAAGCACCUGAAGGUUUUACUGUUGAUAUUCCUACUUCAUUUUGGCAACCAGAAGACAAUUUGAAACGGAAAUGGUUGGGAGUUCCCUCUAAAGUCCAGAUUGUUCGAAAUGGUGCUAAUGGUACAUAUUCUAUCCAAUAUCCGGACUUACUCAUGUUGGUCUUUGACAAGGAUUUACAUCUUAAUCCCAAAUGGCCCGCAUACAUCACCAAACUUUUAAAGGACGACUAUUUACCUGAAGACAUUGAACAUGUGAUUGAAGACAUCAAGACAGAUCAGAAGCACAAUGAUAUCAUCCAAAAUAAUGGAAACCUCUGUGGGUUGAUGUAUGGAGAUAAUGGUGAGGUGAUGACUAUGGAAAUGGCUUAUGAGAUCCACAGUAGCAAAUCUGCUCAAUUACAAGUCAUCAGUGAUAAGGAGAUUCUCAAUAUUCUCAAGCAAUACUGUUCCCAAUUGAAGCACGAAUUGUCCGCUAACACCGGUGGCUCGUCUCAAGACCCCAGAAGCUUCGAGUCGUUGGUACUGCAAUAUCGUAAUGCUGUGAUGACCAACUUAAACUCGAUCAUCAACUAG